CUGCACCUCUCCUGCAUGGUGGGCCGGGACGCCUCCCUUCCUCCUGCUGGGCUGGGGCCAAAAGCAGGCUGGCUGUCUUGCCUGCUUCUGCCUUGCCUCCUGCUUCUCUGGGCCAAGAAGUGGGGGGGGGGAGUGCUCUUGCUCUGCUGCUGGGGGGCUUCCCCUCUCCUCUCUGCAUCGACUCAUCCUCCAACUCGCCCAGUCCUCCAGACCCGCUUCAUCGAGGAACCGGAGGACCAGACAGUGGUUGCCGGGCAGAAGGUGGUGCUGUCCUGCGUGGUGCUGAACUACUCCGGGAUCGUGCAGUGGACCAAAGAUGGCCUGGCUCUGGGAAUGGGACAAGGCCUCAAAGCCUGGCCACGCUACAGGAUCAUUGGGGUAACAGAUUCCGGCCAGUUCAAUCUGGAGAUCACCGAUGCGGAGCUCUCCGACGAUGCCUUGUAUGAAUGCCAGGCCACAGAAGCUGCCCUGCGAUCGCGGCGCGCCAAGCUGACAGUCCUCAUUCCCCCUGAAGACCCGAUGAUUGACGGGGCCCCCGAGAUCUUGCUCCGGGCUGGCACACCACACAACCUCACCUGCCGUGCACAGAACGCCAAGCCUGCGGCCACAAUCAUCUGGUUCCGCGAUGGGUUGCCACAGUCUGAGGCCGCUACUGCCACGGAAGUCUUAAUGGAUGGGAAGAGAGAGAGCACCAUUAGCCAGCUCCUCAUCACGCCCACCGACCUGGACAUCGGGCGAGUCUACGUGUGCCGUUGCAGCAACGAUGCCAUCCCUGCGGGCAAGGAGGCCUCCAUCAAGCUCAACGUUCACCACCCUCCAACGGUGACACUGUCCAUUCAGCCACAGACGGUGCAGGAAGGGGAAAGGGUCACCUUCACCUGCUUGGCCAAUGCCAAUCCGGAGAUCAAAGGCUACAGGUGGGCGAAAGGCGGAACGAUGAUUGAGGAUGCCAAGGAGAGCAAAUACGAGACACAGGUGGAUUACACCUUCUUCACAGAGCCUGUCUCCUGUGAAGUGCGCAAUGACGUGGGCAGCACCAAUGUCAGCACCCUGGUGGACGUCCAUUUCGCUCCUCGAAUUGUGGUGGAUCCAAAGCCCCUGACCACGGAUAUUGGCUCGGAUGUCACCUUGACCUGCGUGUGGACUGGGAAUCCCCCGCUGACCCUCACCUGGGCCAAGAAGGAAUCCAACAUGAUACUCGGGAACAGCAACCAGCUGCACCUCAAGUCUGUCAAGCAGUCAGACGCAGGGCUGUACGUCUGCAAGGCCAUCGUGCCACGGAUCGGGGUGGGUGAGCGUGAAGUGGCCCUCUUUGUCAACGGUCCGCCGAUCAUCUCCAGCGAUUCCACCCAGUACGCUGUGCGAGGCGACCGAGGAAAAGUGGAAUGCUUCAUUGGGAGCACGCCUCUCCCCGACCGAAUCGCCUGGGGUUGGAAGGAGAACAUCUUGGAGAUGGGCACCUUGGAGCGUUACACCGUCGAGCGGAGCAACACGGGGGAUGGGGUGCUCUCCACCCUCACCAUCAACAACGUAAUGGAGGUGGAUUUCCAGACGCGCUACAACUGCACCGCCUGGAAUGCCUUCGGUCCACAGACGGCCAUCAUUCAGUUGGAGGAGAAAGAGGUUCUGCCAGUGGGCAUCAUUGUUGGUGCCACCAUUGCAGCUGGUAUUUUGCUCAUCUUCUGCUUCAUCGCGCUGGGAUGUUUCCUCUACCGACGUCGCAAAGGGAGCCGAAAAGAUGUGACCCUGCGUAAACUGGACAUCAAAGUGGAGACGGUGAACCGGGAGCCCCUGACGCUGCACACAGACCGCGAGGAGGACACGGCCAGUGUCUCCACCGCAACGCGGGUCAUGAAAGCCAUUUACUCGUCCUUCAAGGACGACGUGGACCUGAAGCAGGACUUGCGUUGUGACACAGUGGACACGCGGGAAGAAUACGAGCUGAAGGAUCCCACCAAUGGCUAUUACAACGUUCGUGCCCAUGAGGACAGGCCGUCUUCCCGCACGGUGCUCUACACGGACUAUCGCACCCCUGGCCCAGCUCGCUAUGACGGGCGGCCGUCUUCGCGCCUCUCCCAUUCCAGCGGUUACGCCCAGCUCAGCAGCUACGGCCGCGGCCCUGCCUCCGACUACAGCGGAGACCCAGUCCCGGGGCCCACACCAGGCACAGCCACUGCCGACACGGCCAGCCAACUCUCCUAUGAAAACUAUGGGGGUCAUUCGGGCUUCCCCCCGAGUGCCGGCUAUGCCACCUACCGCCUGGGUUACAGUCAGCCUCCACCACCCACCCUGGACCGGGCGGCCUACGACACAUAUGACCCCCUGGGAAAAUACACCACGGCAACCCGCUUUUCAUACACCUCCUCGGACUAUGGUCAGCGUUUCCAGCAGCGCAUGCAGACUCAUGUCUGAAGUGGGCGUUGCAUCCUGGCGGGGUGCAGGUACCUCAUGACUGCCCCCUGAUAUUCAGGGGGCCUUUCCCUCUCCCCCUUCCCAGCCUCUUUCCAGGCUGGACUUGUGGACAAUGCAGAGCGUGGCACCUUCUGCCUGACUGAGGAUAACGCGGUGGCCACCGGUCCAGCUGUUCUUCUACGGUUCCUUCCUUGCUGCUUUUAACAGUCUCCGGCGGUUCUUUUGUGAGGGUCCAGUUUCUCCAUAUGCCCCUUCCUCAAGGGCUCCCCCUUUCCUCUUUGUAAAGACAGAAGUGGGGAGGGCAAUGGGAGCACCCACAGAGCAGUUGUGCCUCUGUUGAAACUCAUUCUCCACCUUACCCACAGAAGGGCCAUCCGUUGGCAGCCCCAGGAAAAGCAAUGGGCAGCCUCCCACUCAUGGCACUGGGGGCACUGAGGCCCAAUUUGGUACAGAGAGGCCUAAUGGUUGGGGGGGCAUCGGUCGAGUUUUAGCCCUGGUUUUUUGCACAAGCCAUGGCCAGACCAGCCUCAGGUACAACAGGUGCCUCCUUAAAGCCCCUCUUAAGAAAAGCGGUUUGCACUUGGGGCAACACUGGCUGGGAAGGAUCCAGGCUGAAGUCCGCACCCCUCAUGGACCCCCUUUGGCUGAAGGCUGACCGACUGAAAGUCCUGCCCGGCUCAGCCACAGCUGUGCAUGCUGCGAAUUGUGGUACGAAAUGGACUCCUUGGGGGCGAUUCCUCCCACGCCCCUCUCUCUUGCAGGAAGGUGUUCAUAAAACUUGCACCUUGUGUGGGUCCAGUUAUGAGAGGGCAAGAUGGGGAUGCUCUCCGGUGCCCCCCACCCAAAAGGAAGGUCUCAUCCCCAAGUGAAGCUGCCAGCCAGGAGGGCCUUUGCAAGACAUGGCACUGUGAGUCCCCCCACUCAAAGCCUUCUGCCACGGUAGCCAUCCUGGAGAAAGCCUCUUCUGCACCCUCCCCCCAUCCUCUUGUUUGAGCCCCCUCCCUUGAGGCUGGGGGCAGCCUGGUUGCAACCGGAGGAAGAGGAGAGGUUCUUUGGGAGGUCAGUGCUGGACACACCCUCCCUUCUCCCAUGUGGCCACUUUCUGAGGGGCAAGAUCUUACGGGCCCCUCCCAUCCCCAGCAGGAGGGCUUAUGGCUUCUUUCUCUCUCCGGCCUGGACCCCAGCUGUUGCAGAGGGUUGGUGAAAGCAUCCUGUGGGUCGCUGUGGGUCUGUACAGCCACACACAGACACACACACACCAUUGUUCUGCCCUCCUUGCUGGGGAGUGAUUGCAAGCGCUUCUGUCGCCUGUGCCUUAAAACUCUUGCUCUGGUGUGCCCACUAAGAAGGCAGAGUAAAUUGGGGGGGGCAGCUUGACUGCCCCCUCCCCCAGGCUGCAGGUACCCCAGGCUGCCAACUGGGACAGACAGGAGAGACUUGGCUUCUAGGCUGCACCAGAUCCCUCCCACCAGCCCAUCUCCCUGGCCCUCCUUGGCACAGUUCAUAUCUCAAGUGUACAGUAGGACAUGCGAGACACACAACUGGGAAUCCACUCCCCCCCCCACCCCCAUCUAACAAUGGUACACCCACACCCACCCCGUCCUUUGCAUACUGCAUAUUCUGGUACUCUGGGAGGGGGGGCACCUGUACUUGCCUAGGAACAACUACCUGAAGAAGUGCAUUGAGACAGCGCCCUCUUCUGGCUGGUUCUGGGAAGUGUCUGUUUCUGCAGCGCUGUGGAUGUUGGUGCUAUUUGGGGUUCUGCUUCACCUUCUCCCUGCCACCCAGGGGUGAAACCUACUUGCCUUCCUUACUGGUUCAGAAGUGCAUGCGCUGUGCGACCACAUGCACCACAUGCAUGCGCAGACCCUCUGUGCAUGCGCAAAACCUGUGCAUGCAUAGAGGGUAAAAAACACAUUACUUCCUGGUUAAAACCAGGAAGUAACGACACCCGGGCGGGUGGGCAGAGCCUCACGCCGCCAUCCCUACCGGUUCUCCGAACCACCUGCCACAAUCACUACCAGAUCGCCCGAGCAUUUCGCCCCUGCUGCCACCCCUAGUGCGCUGGGGCUGGAAAAUCCAGAGAAGGCCUCCGUUGGAUUUAAGGACACUUUCCAAGGGGAGCCCCUUUCUAAGCCCCCUUCUAAGACGGCAAGGGAGGCCCCUUUAGAGGCCCCUUCUCCUUGGGGAACAAGAGAAGUGAGUUUGGGGGUUCAGGGUGCAAAAUCUCCCGGAACAGCUGAGAUCAUGUUGCAGUUCCCUCCUGGAGAGGGCCAGGGAGCCCCAGAUUGGUCUCAUAUUGCAAGUUGCAGGGAAGUUGCUGAAUGCUGAGUUGGACCCCUGACCCACACGACCCACCCCUCUUUUUCACCAGAGCUGCCAGGAAUUGAACCUGCACUCUGCUCACCAGGAAGCGGGGGAGUUGAGGAGGGGCGGUGCCAAAAGCAACAGGGUAGUCCACCGAUUCUAAGCCUGUGGCUGCAUUUAUUCAACCCGCCAUGCCCAUAGGCCCAUUCCUGAAUGAGCCCAUUUCCGGAGUCAGUUUGAAAGGCCCAACGGCCCGGGUUCAUACAACUCGCUUGGCUGCAAGCAAACCAGCAUUAACAUUAGCUAAGCUUGUCAUGUUGUAUGAAUGCAACUUCCACCCCCACUUCAUGAACAUCCAGAAUUUGAGCAAUAACUUAAUUCCAACUCCAAAAUGCGCUUUGUGAUGAGAGCGAACAGCUGCCUGUCUUCGCACGGGCCUCUCCGGCUCUUGGGGUGCAGGUGAUGGUGUGGGGAGAGGGCGCCACUGGCGCGUUUUUGAUUUCUCUCCUGAAGGCAUACAUUCGUGACUGUCCCAUCACUUCCUUCCUUCACCUCACUUUUUAAAACAAAUUGGUUUCCUUUUCUCAUUCUUAAAAAAAUAUUAUGUACUAUAUUUUUAGUCGCAAACACAAUAUAUUAUAUAUAAAUAUAUA